AUGAGACCGGGACCACGAAGGAGAACACCAGUCCAAAUGAGCCGUCCAGGCACAUUCACCUCCAUCUCCAGCAUCGUCAUCACCAUCAUGUUCUCCUUUUUCAUCAUCAUCGCCUCUUGCACCCCCCUCGUCCAUUCUCUUCCGAUCAUCACAACCACAACUAGCAACAGCAUCUCCGACACCAAUUUCAAGUCACCAUCUGCACAACCGGGUCCGGGUCCUGGUCUGCGCCGCCACGAACUUGAACAACACGGCAUCGUCGUCGUCGCUCGGGACUCAAUCACAUCAAGCUCGUCAUUAUCAUCAUCGUCGUUCUGCUCAUUCAAAACAUGGGACAAUAGUCCCGAAUUCCGCUUAUUUACAACCAGUCUGGUCCUACUGGUCGUCGGCGUCCAUUUCGGUCUCUGUGCCGGACGGGUGUGUAUUAAGAAGAGACGUCGUGCGCGACAGGCCAAUUUCAAGUGUUCUGAAUGCCAGCGUCGUCCCAGAUGA